CUUCUAAGGAGUCUUCUGCUUUUCAGUCCACUACGCUUCCUUCUUCCCUCUCUGUCUCUAAUAUCACAUUCUCUUCCUUUUCAGCCAAAUUAUCCCUUCACGUUUUCUCCCAAUUUCACCUUUUUUUUUCUGUUAAGAAAAAGAAAAGAAAAGAAAAGAAAAGAAAAAAAGUUCACCUUUUUCGCAUUUCAUUUCAUACACGUACUUCUACUUGACUUCAAGUUUUCCUUCUAAAAUUCCAACCCCUCUUUCUUAAUUUCAUUGAUUGUUAUCUUUCCCUUCCCCUUUUUUGGAAUUCAAAUUCUUUGACUAUAGUUUUUAUUAUUAUUGUCUGAAUUCAAUUUAGCUUUCCCAUUGGAUCACCCCACUUGGCUCUGUCUCUUCCUGAAUUCCCACUUUUGCUUUUGCUUUUGCUCUCUCCUUACCUCUAAAUUGAGCAUUUCUGGGUUCUAUUGGGCUUUGAUCGAAUUGGGUAUUUGCAAGAUCUGCGAUGCCAUUUGUUUGUGGCAAAAAGUUUUGAUCUUGGCGGUGGACCAACCGAAUUACCGGUUUGGAUCCGAUCGGGGUAGAAACAGCGCCAUCAGAUGGCGCUGUUCAGAAGGUUCUUCUACCGGAAGCCGCCGGAUCGGCUUCUGGAGAUCUCCGAGAGAGUUUAUGUUUUUGAUUGUUGCUUCUCCACGGAUAUCUUGGGAGAAGAUGAAUACAGAGCUUAUAUGGGGGGAAUUGUGGCUCAGCUACAAGAUCACUUUCCAGAUGCUUCUUUCAUGGUGUUCAACUUCAGAGAAGGGGAGAGACGCAGCCAAAUCUCAGACAUACUUUCUCAGUAUGACAUGACAGUUAUGGAGUACCCUCGGCAAUACGAGGGUUGUCCCCUUCUGCCUUUAGAGAUGGUCCAUCACUUCCUUCGAUCAAGUGAAAGCUGGUUGUCUUUGGAGGGGCAACAGAAUGUGCUUUUGAUGCAUUGUGAAAGGGGAGGUUGGCCUGUGCUGGCAUUUAUGCUAGCAGGUCUUCUAUUAUACCGGAAACAGUACAAUGGGGAUCAGAAGACUCUUGAAAUGGUCUACAAGCAAGCUCCCAGAGAACUUCUCCACUUUUUAUCUCCUUUGAACCCACAGCCUUCUCAGUUCAGAUAUCUUCAGUAUAUUUCUAGGAGACAUUUGGGUUCUGAGUGGCCACCAUCAGAAACACCCUUGUAUUUGGAUCGUCUGAUUCUUAGCGACCUUCCAUUAUUUGAUGAUGGAAAAGGUUGCAGGCCUGUUGUACGUGUUUAUGGUCAGGACCCUUCAAGCCCUGCCAAUAGAAGUUCAAAGCUUCUUUUUUCAACUUCAAAAUCCAAAAGGCAUGUUCAUCACUACCUACAGGCAGAGUGUAUGCUCGUGAAAAUUGAUAUCCAUUGUCGUGUUCAAGGGGAUGUGGUUCUUGAGUGCAUACAUUUAGAUGAAGAUUAUAUUCGUGAGGAGAUGAUGUUUAGAGUUAUGUUCCAUACUGCAUUUGUGCGGUCAAAUAUAUUGAUGCUGAGCCGUGAUGAAAUUGAUAUUUUGUGGGAUGCAAAGGAUCAAUUUCCCAAGGACUUCAAAGCAGAGGUGCUUUUUUUGGACGCUGAUGCUAUUAUACCUGAUCUAACCACAGUCACGGUGAGUGAAGAUGCAAAUGAGACUGAAAGUGCUGACACAGAAAGUGCUUCACCUGAGGAAUUCUAUGAAGUGGAAGAGAUUUUCAGCAAUGUAAUUGAUGCACAGGAAGGUAAGGGGGAGUAUGAUUCUCAUGCUUUUCAUGACAAUGCAGUGGAUGAUGCAAAUCAUAAAGAGAUUUGGAAGGAAGAAGUGGAUCCUCAUACUUUUCAGGAUUGUACACCAGAUGAUGGGAUCCACAAACAGGUUGACAAGAUGGAUUCUGGUAUUAAUGUGGUGAAAGACAUCUCUGUUGAUGAUGUGAACUACAAGUUCAAUAAGAGCAUGGAUUCAGAUGCAGUGAAGGACAUUGCUGUGGAUGAUGGAGAAAUUAAGUUAACUUCCCCUUCAGUCACUUCCGAUGUGAUGAAAACUCUGGAACCAAAGGAAGUCACUGUGGAUGUGCACAGGGAUUUGGAAGUUAUGCAAAACAAAUAUGAUGAAGAUAACGAAGCAACAAAAAAUGAAUUAGACUCCAAGGCAGGGCAGCAGAUGCCUGAUAUUUCCAAACAAAAAUCUGGUAAACUACUUCCAUCUACUGCCAAGAAACAGCUUCCAUUAAACUCAAAGCCAGUCGGAGAUAUACUUGCAGCAAAGCAAAAGGUUAAACAACAAGACACUCAAGGUUUUCAGACAAAACAAGCCAAACCGAAUGCAGUAACUAGGUGGAUUCCUUCUAACAAGGGUUCUUACAUAAAUUCAAUGCAUGUGUAUUAUCCACCAUCAAGGAAUAAUAGUGCACCAGCUGCAUUGUCAAAUUUUACCUCUCCAAAGGAGAAAAUGGAAGAUGCCAAAGCAAGAUCUUCUUCUGCUCCUCUUGUCUCUGCAAUUGUUUCUAUUGACAUGACAAAUGACCAGAAAAGCCGUAAGUUAACCACUUCAAAAUCUUCUGGCUACUCAAUAGCAGAAAUAGAUGCAAACUGUCCACCAUCACCGUUAGUGUCAAUUAAAGAGACAUCUCUUCAAUCAGUUACUCAAGCACAACAAUUGAGCUCAGAGCAAGUGCUACGGCCUCCCCCACCGCCUCCACCUUUGCCUCCAACUCAUGCAAGAAACUCUUUACAUGUUUUUGAACCUUUAUCAUUACAGAAUGUUGUAUCACCUCAAGCUCAUCCAUCUCUACUAGUAACAUCAUCUUCUUUGGGUGGAAAAGAGUCUAUUGCACAACCGUUAACACAUCCGCCACCACCGCCAACUUUAACAUCAUUUACUAGACCAGAAGUUAGAGAGUAUUUACUAUCUAGAAUUUCUCCUCCCCUUCCCCCUCCCCCUCCCCCUCCCCCUCCGCCCCCAUUUUUUGGGCAAAAUAAAAAGAGCUUAUUACCUUCUCUACCCCUUUUGAAGUCGGUGGGUUCAUCAAUAGUUGGAGAUACUAGUGGUUCUUUAUCACCUUCUCUACCCACUCUUCCUUCAUGGUCUCCACCUCCACCACCACCACCACCACCACCACCACCACCAAUGCCUCCUCUAAGGUAUGCAGUUUCAUCCACUCCUCUUCCUCCUCCUCCUCCUCCUCCUCCUCCUCCUCCACCACCGCCACCGCCAUCAACAACACCUCCUCCCCCUCCCUCAUUUCCUACAUCUUUGACACAUAAGGCUCCAAACCCUUCGCUCCCACUACCCUCCACUGCAUCACAUGAAGCUCCAUUGGCACCCCCACCUCCACCUCCACCUCCACCUUCUUUUAGUAGAGCUCAACCACUGCCUCCUCCACCUCCUUUUAGUAGAGCUCCGCCUCCAUUGCAUGGAGCUCCACCUACACCUUCCCGACCACCACUUCUUCCUUCAUCAGGUGUUGCCCCACCUCCACCUCCUCCUCCUCCUCCAACGUCUAGAGCCCCACCUCCCCCACCCCCACCAAUUCGUGGAGCACCACCACCACCUCCUCCAAUGCCUAGAGCACCGCCUCCUCCGCCUCCACCUGGUGGACGAGGCCCACCCCCUCCGCCUCCGCCUGGUGGUCGAGGCCCAGCUCCUCCACCUCCCCCUAGUGCUCCUGGUGCUCCACCUCCUCCUAGACCUCCUGGUGGUGCACCUCCGCCGCCUCCACCUUUAGGUUCCAAAGGUGCAAAUCUUGUAGCUGAUUCGAGAGGGAGAGGGCGUGGAUAUGCACGCUCUGCAGGAGUUGGUGCAACGGCAUCCCGACGAUCCUCCUUAAAGCCUCUACAUUGGAGUAAGGUUACAAGGGCACUACAAGGAAGUUUAUGGGAAGAAUUACAAAGACAUGGAGAGCCUCAAAUUGCACCAGAGUUUGAUGUUUUAGAGCUAGAGAAGCUUUUCUCUGCAAAUGUUCCAAAACCCGUUGAUUCUGGAGGGCGGCGCAAGUCCGUUGGAUCUAAAACUGACAAAGUCCACUUGAUUGACCUAAGGAGGGCUAAUAAUACUGAAAUUAUGCUCACUAAGGUUAAGAUGCCACUUCCUGAUAUGAUGGCUGCAGUAUUGGCCAUGGAUGAGUCAGUAUUAGAUGUAGAUCAGGUGGAAAAUCUCAUUAAGUUUUGUCCUACCAAAGAGGAGAUGGAACUUUUGAAGGGGUACACGGGUGACAAGGAGAAUUUGGGGAAGUGUGAACAGUAUUUUUUGGAGCUCAUGAAGGUGCCAAGGGUGGAGUCAAAAUUAAGAGUAUUCUCUUUCAAGAUUCAGUUUGGUUCUCAGGUUACAGAAUUUAAGAAGAGUUUAAACACUGUGAACUCUGCCUGUGAGGAGGUCCGAAAAUCUGUCAAACUGAAGGAGAUCUUGAAGAAAAUUCUUUAUUUGGGUAAUACGUUGAAUCAGGGAACAGCAAGGGGAUCUGCAGUUGGAUUCAAGUUGGAUAGUCUUUUAAAGCUCACUGACACUCGCGCUUCUAACAAUAAGAUGACACUGAUGCAUUAUCUAUGCAAGGUUAUAGCUGAAAAGUCAACUGGACUCCUUGAUUUUCACCUAGACCUUGUUAGCCUGGAAGCUGCCACUAAGAUACAAUUGAAGUCAUUAGCAGAAGAGAUGCAGGCAAUCAUCAAGGGAUUAGAAAAGGUUAAACAAGAGUUCACUGUAUCUGAAAAUGAUGGACCCGUGUCAGAAGUUUUCCGUAAGACAUUGAAGGAAUUCAUAAUUGUGGCUGAGUCAGAGGUGGUAUCUUUAACAAGCCUAUAUUCAGUGGUGGGUAGAAAUGCAGAUGCACUUGCACUAUACUUUGGUGAGGAUCCUGCUCGUUGCCCGUUUGAGCAGGUUACUGCAACUCUCUUAAAUUUUAUAAGGUUGUUUCGGAAAGCACAUGAAGAGAACUGCAAACAAGCAGAGUUAGAGAAGAAGAAAGCUGAGAAAGAGGCUGGAAUAGAAAAGGCCAAGGGCAUUAACUUGACAAGGAAGAGUGCAAAAGAUAGUUGACGACUGGGUUUUCUGCUCCUUUGCACUGACAUCAUGCACUUGCCAGAGAGCAGGAAUCUACCCAUGUAAGGGGAAUGCUUCUGAGACCAGUUUAGAAGCCUCCCUUUCUACGAUGAUGAUGUGAUAAUUAGCCUUGCAAGCUGAUCUAUUGAGGUGGAAUAGCAGAACCUUUGAACAUGCAACAGGCUCAGGAGAUGUCAUGCUGUUGAAUCAGAUUUAUAUGGCCAGUUGAAAGUCCAAAUUUAGACGCAGAAUGGAUGCUUACUGUGAUUGAUUGAGAUGCCAUAUGCAUCCAGUGAAUGCUAUGAAAAUGAUAGAUCUGGUCCCUCUCAUGUUGAUUCAAGAAGAAAUUUUGUACUAGAGCAUGUCUUGUAUUGCAGUAGAACUGGCAUUGACUUGCAUCUUCAUUUUGGCAUAUUUUUCUUGCACCAGGGCAGAUGCUUUUUGGAUUUGCAGAGCACCAAAGUCCAACAGUAGUACCAUGAAACCUUGUACAAAGCACUAACCCUCUCUUUUAGGAUCCGAUUCUUUCUCAUGUAACAUAGAAAUUAGUUUUCUUUCCUAUAGAGAUUUUGGUAGACACCCUCGAGAAAAUGUUGUAUAGCUAGGUGUGAGGUUAAGAGAAAAUAGAAAUCAGGGGACUGUAUUGUAACUGUAAUAUAUGUAAACAGCAGGCCGAGUUAGAAAUGCUAGGUAGGUUCAUUUUUCAUGUGAAAUACAGUAUGUAUUAGUGAAGUGUAAAAUGUUCAUGAAAUUUACAGCGCUGGAUUAUAUGUUCACAUAUUGUAGUAGUAUAGAAACAGUGAAAA